UAUAAACACAGUUUUCUACAUGGCUCCCUUUGCGACUAUGAUAUUGGCUCUGCCAGCUUUACUCUUUGAAGGAGCUUGUGUUGUUGAAUGGUUAUAUACAUUCCCCUCAGUGGUUCCAUCCAUGUUUAUUAUUUUCGGCUCUGGAGUGCUGGCUUUCUGCCUUAACUUCUCUAUCUUUUAUGUCAUCCACUCCACAACUGCUGUCACUUUCAAUGUUGCUGGAAACCUUGAGGUCGCUGUGGCUGUUACUUGUUCAUGGCUGAUAUUUCGAAACCCAAUCUCAGCUAUGAAUGCCUUGGGGUGUGGAGUAACACUUGUUGGAUGUACAUUCUAUGGUUAUGUGAGGCACAUUCUCUCACAGCAGCCUCAAGAGAUUCCUCCAAAGAACAAGUCAGAGUUUGUUCCUCUGGUAAAUGAGAAAGUGGAAGAUAAAGACAAUGACUAGUAUAGUAAAUGAAGUUACCUCAGUUUUGCAGAAGAUAGAUUAUUCGACUAGACUCUCUUGAGUAUUUACCAUUGCCUUUGUCCACUUUGAGACAUUUAUAUGUGCUUAUUAAUUCUUGUUCACAGAGAAAAACGUCGUCA